AUGAUACAUGGCCUGUCUGCUCUUCGAAGAGCACCUGCCCAAUAUGCGACAUCAAGACUGCUGACGUCAACCUUGGCCCCCACGCGACUCUACCAGGCACCCAUCGUACGCCGCCUGCAGACACAACAAUGGGAGCCUCUACGCCCUCCCAAUCCCGCAGACCUACCGAAGCCGAGGCAGCGCAAAAUCAAGCCUCCGUUUACUCGCCGAAAAUGGGUGCGCCGCCUUGUCGUCGUUUCUGCGCUGCUCGGUGCGGGAUGGCUGGCUGACAGGCAAUUCUACGCUUCAUCCAUCACACGUAGUUUGCGCACAUUUAAGACUGGUCUUUUGAUAGGCAUAGACUACAAGAUCAACUUCCGUGCGCACCCACCGCUUGCGAAUAGCAUCGAGGAUCUGCAUGCAAGGAACGCACAGAGAAUAUUCGAUCUGUUGCGGUACAAUGGCGGACUAUACCUGAAGAUUGGGCAGGCCAUUGCCAUGCAAAGCGCAAUACUACCGCCGCAGUUCCAGAAGAUGUUUCAGCAAAUGUUUGACGACGCACCGCAGAAUGAAUGGUGGGAGGUUGAGCAAGUCAUACGAGAGGACUUUGGCAAAAGCGCCGAGGAAGUCUUUGGCGUCAGUUUUGCACGAGAGGGACAAGACGGUCGAGGUAUAAUGGAAAAGACUGCAAGGGCUAGUGCAAGUGUUGCGCAAGUACACUGGGCAAGGCUGGCAGACGGAAGAGAGGUAGCAAUCAAGAUCCAGAAGAGAGAGAUUGCGCAGCAGGUCGGAUGGGAUCUGUGGGCCUUCAAGGUUGUUUCCAAAGUCUACACUUGGUGGUUUGGCAUCCCUGUCUAUACGCUGGUCCCAUACAUCUCCGAACGCCUGAUGCUGGAAACCGAUUUCGAGAACGAAGCGGACAACGCCGUAGAGAUGAAGGGACUUGUGGCAGGGGAGCCGCGGCUCAAUGGUCGAGUCUACAUUCCUGCAGUAUAUCGUGAGCUCUCGAGCAAGCGUGUCAUGACUGCCGAAUGGAUUGAAGGAGUGCGACUGUGGGAUAAAGAAGGCAUCACGAACAGCUGGAAGGGCGGAUGGCGCAGAGGCAGCCCUGGUGCUGGUGGCAACCUUCUUCCCCCUAUCCCCAAGGACGCCAAAGUUGAUACACAUGUCCCAGAGGACGCCACACAAUAUGAAUGCUUCAAGCCGGACCGUAACUCAUGGCGAGGCAACGAUGGCAAAGGCGGUCUCGGCGUUUCACUGAAGACUACCAUGAAUACCAUCGUCGACCUCUUUUCAGCACAGAUGUUCCUCUGGGGUGCAGUACACUGCGAUCCUCACCCUGGAAACAUCUUCAUCCGCCGCCUACCCAACGGACAGCCCGAGGUUGUCCUCAUCGAUCACGGUCUGUACAUUCGCAUGGACCCCAAGUUCCGCCUCCAAUACUCGGAAUUCUGGAAAUCACUCCUCGCCUUCGAUAAUGCUAAGAUUGAGGAGAUUGUCAGCAGUUGGGGCGUCAAGCACGCUGACAUCUUCGCAUCAGCAACGCUCAUGCGCCCAUACGAAGGUGGUGACAAAAGCGUAGCAGAGGUCCUCAAAUCCGAGAGAAAAGGCAAAGAUCAAGCUGAACGCGCCUUCGAAAUGCAAGCCAAAGGUCGCGAUGCCAUCAAGCUCAUCCUCGGCGACGACGCAAAAUUCCCUCGUGAGCUCUUAUUCAUCGGCCGCAACUUGCGUAUCGUACAGGGUAACAAUCAGUUCCUUGGUUCGCCUGUUAACCGUAUCAAGAUCACCGGAUUGUGGGCUAGUAGGGCGUUGAUUGAAUCCAGGGACCUUAGCGUGAGCCAAAGAUGGAAGAAUUGGGUCAACCAUCUGCGGUUCCGGUGUGUACUGGCACUUAGCGAUGCGGUGUUCUUCUGGAGUAAGCUCAAGCAACUGGUUGGUGUUGGUGGAGGUAUGGAAGACGAUAUCGAAGCGCACAUGCGCGUUAUGGCCAAGGACUUUGGCGUUGAGCUGAAUCAUGGAGUUUUCGAGGGUUAG